AUCUGUUCUGUAACAUUCAGUUGUCGACUACAUAAGAAGGCAAAAGAUCUCGGAUGGCAUAGUAGUGCCAGCCGAGUGUGUCGAAGCCACCGGUCUAGAGAUGUGGAUGGCUGGUGUUUUCCCCAAGAUCCGCUAUGAGAAACUAUAAUAGCAAGAACGCUAGUUUUCCUGCUUCUAAUCACCAUCUCCAACAUCUAAACCUCCUUCGUGUUAAUAUGCAAACUUUCAACUCAAACACCGAUUCACCUGCGGUCUCAUAUACCCCGCAGAACAUUCGGUCGGAUGUAGUCAUGCACGACGUCUCAGGCCAAAAUGGUGUUAGCUAUCGUCACCGGCAACUCGUCGGAGGGAAGGCCAAGAUUUUGCAGUCCAACAGUUCACACAAGAGAUUUUCAUCUGCUAUUUGGCGCCUACCCACGGAAAUCCUCGCCCAAAUCUUCCUUUACUGCAUACCAGAAGACGGAAACUGGGCGCCCGCGCCAUAUCUGGCCCCGAUGUUGUUAACCACAGUAUGUCGACGAUGGAGGGAGGUUGCUGUGGACAUGCCGAGUCUAUGGCGCAGGCUGGGAUUGGAAGUCGGGAACGGCGACUGGCAGCAGAGAGCUUUCUGCUAUGACUCCUACCUCAAGCGAUCACAAGGACGUCAGCUAUCUUCGACGCUCGAGUGUCAUAACAAUGACUGGACGGAGCUACGAAGCCUGCUCCAGCCAUAUGUCGAUCAAAUAUCGUCUAUAUCUCUUUGUUUUUUCUCCGGUGCCGGCUCCUUGGUAAUGGCGGACUUCCGCAGACUUGAGGAGUUGGUUAUAUAUACGGACGGUUCUGAUCCUGUACUAGCUGUCGCGCAAUUGCCGCUCAGCAUGCGCAGUCUCAAGUUGAUGGACCUGUGGUUUAACUUCAGGUUGUUAUCUGGCUUCAAUCCUCUCGCAUGGGCCAGUCUCACAAAUCUUGAAAUCGUGGUAGACGGACUAGAUUCGUUCCACCGUUUGCUCUGCCUAUGUCCCAACCUCUCGUCCUUGACGAUGAUUGGAAUCUUCACGGCGAUCGAGACCUCGGAAACAUUGGCGCAUGCCAAUCUUCAAUCCCUGCGCAUAUCCGGACAUUUACGGUUGGACUGGAUCGGACAUCUUGGGUUAUUCAAUGCCGUCACGCUCCACAAUCUAUGCGAGAUCAAGGUUCGCAAUAUAGGACAAUGGUCUCACGAAGAAUUCAAGGCGUUUUUGACACGGUCACAGUGUCCUCUGGGAAGCCUGACCUUUGGCGGUGGAGUGAUGACAACGGAUCAGCAGCUAGCAGAAUAUGUUACCCUUUUCCCUUGCCUCGAAUUGAUGACAGAUCCUAUGCUUUCAAGGUUUUACUGUUAACUUAGAUAGAUGGUCGCUACUAUGUACAUGUGUCACGAAAUGAAUGAUGAUAUCGGGUUUGCGCUACACCCUAUA